GGCGAGUUUCGCCAGCGAGAUUGUAAGAAUUGCGCAGCGAUUGUUACAUGUAAUCAGUUAGUGAUAAUCACAUGUCGUGUACAUGAAAAGGAACUCGGGGAAAUGCAAGGCUAAUGUUCGUUUGUGUAAACGCAACUUCCUAGUGGGGGUUGACAGACGUAGCAUAAGAACAGAGCUUUGGCGGACGAUGCUGUUAUUUCGAAUCAAGCAAGUUGACACAAUAGACUGACAAUCGGUGACCUCCUCCAACAUCAUCCAACAUGACCAACAAAGAAGAACUAAAUUAUUGCUACGAUUUCGUUCUGAAGCUUACCGUGGAAUCAGGAAAGAUAAUUCGGGAUGCUAUUCAAGGAUGUAAGAACAUAGAGACCAAAGCUGGUGACUGGGAUCUCGUGACGCAGUUUGACAAAAAAUUGGAAGAGAUUUUGAUAAACGGUAUAGCGAAGGAAUUUCCAAAGCAUAAAUUCAUUGGCGAAGAAACCGUUUCGUCCACAAACCAUUUGCCGGAGCUGACGGACGAACCAACAUGGAUCAUCGAUCCGAUAGAUGGAACCACUAAUUUCGUUCACUCUUUCCCUUUCACUUGUAUAUCGAUUGCAUUAACAGUAAAGAAAGAACUAGAAAUUGGCAUUGUUUAUAAUCCUGUACUGGAACAGUUGUUCACGGCCAGGAGAGGACGUGGUGCUUUCCUGAACGGAAAACCUAUUAAGAGUUCUAAAGUGGACAAGUUGGAACAGUCGUUAAUAUGUCAUGAAGUAUCCUACGCGACGAUGGAGAAUAUCAGAGACGUUACUCUUGGAAGACUGGAAGCUUUCGUUUCGGUAGCUCACGGAGUACGGACAAUGGGAUCGGCAGCAUUGACUCUUUGUUACGUGGCCAUGGGCGCAGCAGAAGCUUAUCACACUGACAAUCUGCUGCCUUGGGAUGUAGCUGCAGGCGUACUAAUCAUUAGGGAAGCUAAUGGUGUAGUCAUAGACACAAAUGGGGGAGAAUUCAACAUCAUGGCACCAAGAGUGGCAGCAGCGGGUAAUCACAAGUUGGCCAAUGCACUCGUAGCACUGAUAAAGAAAGCUGAUGCUAGGACAUCAGAGAAGAAGUUUCUAAUAUAUGGAAAAGCGAAGCGUGCAUCCGGGCCCCCCAACCUUGUCCCCGCGGUUUAUGGCUACGGCUAGCGUGCCUUCGGUCAUCGGCAACGGCAACGGUCGGACCGACGUUCGAGUCCCCGACCGAUCCAUUGUCACCAAAGUCAUUCAAAAUCAAAAACCCUAAGAGGGCAUCAUUUGCCGAGCACGUGAGCUGCCAUCAGCCACUUUACUGCUCCUUUUUUUUUCUGCACUCAUUGUUUUCAAUCCCAGGGACCUCAGGAACUUUCCCUGUACGGAAAGUUCCUACGCCGUACACUUCCCCUCACAGUCAGAAAUAGUUACACCCACUACCAUCGCCAACCAUCUAUCAGACAAAAUUCGUACACCCCCAUCCACAACAUUUUCCACCAAUAGAAACAGAUCCGAGCUUAUGUAAACCAUGAACAUCGCCAAAAAAUGUCACUUCUUCUGUGCAAAGUCAACCGAAACAUACAAAAUAAAAGAACACACAAAACCGUUCUCAGUACAUUAUCUAUACGUAACCUGCUCCAAUGGCAUUAAUUUGUUAGACGAGCAAGCCGGGUUCGCGACUUCAGAAACUUACAAUUUCUCACAAUAAAGUCCGCGAGCAUAUCCGGUACAAAUUCGAUUAAUCUGGGAUUAAUCUAGCAUCUAUAAUUACUAAAAUUAUGUAGCAAUACCUCCAAUUUAUGAUAAGUAGAGUUAUUAAAGUAACUAACAAACCUCUCGUAAGAAAUCACAUUACGAUGCUAAAAAGGUGUUAACCAGAUGCCUAUUAACGUUAAUUAUGUUAACCUUUUGCGGACUGAGUGUGCCAACUGAUGAAGACUCUACUAGUCGUAGCUGUUUUCAGACGUAUGAUUCGUCACAUAUUUUUAUUUAUUUAAAAAACUUUGUCUAAUAUUCAAAGAGUAUAUUUUGUAUUAAGAUGUAAGUAAUAUAACACAAUGAAAGUAAGAUCAUAAUUAUAAAUGUUGAAAAGAAACGAUGAUAGAUAACGAAAUAAUAUUAGCUCAAGAAAACAGUAAAAAAUACUUAAUGAUAGUAAAAAUGAUUAAAUAUAAUGCAAUAUGUACAAUGUAAAUUCGAAUUCGUAAAUGGGAUUAUUUUAUUAAACAAUCUAAUCUAAUAGAUAAAAAGUGACAUGUACAAUGGAAACUCAGGUUUGAUUAGUCUACGUGUUCGAAUUUACACAGCUUACUUUUACUAUUAUUGUAUUAUCUAAUUUCUGUCCUAGUUUGAUAUUAUUGUCUUUGCUUAAGAGCAAAUUAUAAAUAAUGACUCUCUACUGUUUCUAUUUAUGAUUUAUAAUCAUUCUGAAGAUGACUCAAAACAUAUGAGACGAAAUGCUAAAUAAAAAUAGCUCGUUUAAGACUGACAAUUAGUCGACAUUUAUUUAUUAACUAAUUGAGUAACUCGUAAGUACUUCGAAUGUUAAUAAACAGAAAGGUCAUUUGUGGGGAAGAGAAAUUUUCUUAAUUCAAUUGUUACAGGUUAUUGCAUAAUUUAUUGCAUUUGGAUAAAGUAGGCCGUGUAUAAAAUAACAGACAUUUAUAACAAAUGUAUGAAAAAGUUGUAUACUUCUGUACAUUCGCAUAUAUCACUCAUUUAUAAUAAAUGUACGAAAUAACUGUAAAAAAUUGCAAUUGUUUGGUCACAUGGAUGAUUAGAACUGCAAUUAUAAACGUAAUCGUAAUCGUAGUAAGUCGGGAUUAACGAUUAAAAAAUAUAAUCU